UGGUCGAUGGCAACAUCCACCAGUCCUGUCUGUCGCUCUCCCUUUCUCUCUUUGAGUGUGCCCCCCAUCCUCUUCGUACCUUCUGCGAGGUGGCGAGCGUGUGCGCUGCCGCGAACGACAAAUGAGACGCUGCAAGAUGGCGAUUGUGCGACUGAUAGCGUGUUGUGUGCUGUGCACCAACCUCGGCCACAUCCCAUCAUCGCUCGCGGUAAUCCUCCGAACCACCGACAAGAUCGUGUGGGCAAAUGAGUUUGAGCCCGUCGAGCUGACCUGCUUAAUAGAGUCCAUCUCCACCAACAACCCGAGGAUUGAGUGGAAGAAGAUUAGGAACGGCAUCCCGAGCUAUGUUUACUUCCAGAGGAAGAUAGCGGGCGACUUGGAGAACAGGGCGCAGCUCAGAGAGCCGGCCAACAUUCUGAUCUUUAACGCCACCCGCGCGGAUACGGCCGAGUACCGCUGCGAGGUGGCCGCCAUCGACGACCAGAGAGACUUUGACGAGAUUCUCAUUAGUCUUGCCGUGAGAGUGAAGCCCGUGGUGCCCCGAUGCAGCGUCCCCGAGGCGGUCACGGUGGGCACGUCGACCGAGCUCCGCUGUCUGGAGAACGAAGGUUUCCCGGCACCCGUCUACCGCUGGUUCCAAAACAACGAGGAGCUUCCCCAAGACCCCAAGAACACCCCCAAGUUUAUCAACGCCACCUACACCAUCAAUACCGACACCGGAAGCCUGAAAUUCCGCAGGGUGAGGAAGGAGGACGCGGGGGAGUACUACUGCCAGGCCAAGAAUGACGCAGGCCACGCCCAGUGUCCCUCCCAGUGGAUGGACGUCUACGAUGUCGACAUCCUCGAUAUCGCCCUCAAGUCCGUCGGCGGCGUGGUAGCGGUCAUUUUUGUGAUCGGCUGCAUCUGGCAUUGCCUUUCACGCGCCUUCUCCUCGAAAAAAGGCCAAAAUGAAAACGAAUUCAGUUGGCCGGCGCAGAAUGAUGCUGUCGACUACGGCGAUGCGGAUGAGGGACAUUUCCGCCACAAGUCGUCUUUCAUCAUCUGAGCCUACGAAGAAGUUACAUCAACGGCAGUGGUGGUUAAGUUUGAGCUGUAACAUGGCACACUCUGUUCUCGGAUGCACAUUAAAAUCAAACCAAGUUGCCAAAGUAAUGUUCAAUAUGGUUUUGUGGCACUAGUUCAUGUUUUUUAUAGCGUUGACAAAUUUUAUAUUAUGGAACUCUCCAGUAAUCCUUCCAUUGUCCACCUCGCACUUGUAGAGUUUAUUUUUUUAUUUCCUGAAUAUUUCUACUAGACAGUAAAGUCAUUCAUUCACUUCCAAGCUGUGACAUUUAGCCGAACGAUGAAAGUGUUGGCGAGGGAUGUGUUGGACAUUCCAUCACAAGUUUUGGAACAAAUUCGCUUUUCUAAUGUUUUUUUAUCGACUGAUUUUUUUUUUUUUUUGCGGAAGUCCUGUGUCAUGUGAAAAACUUUUUUUUUUUUCUUCUUCCAAGUGGCCAAGAGUUGAAAGGUAUUUGUGUAGUUGUACAGGCAAUAAAUAAGCAGAUUAAAAACUGAGGAUAUCAAAUAACGUGAGGCACAAUUUAUCUGCCCUGAGCAUACAGUAGUUACGACUGACAACAUUAUAUGUCCAAGUUACCCAGUGGAAUUGAACACUAUAUAUAUCCCACUUUGCUGCAAAUUCAGUAUUUACUAUUAAAAAGUGGCAACGUUUGACAUUUAGAGUGCUGUUUGUGUAUAAGUGACCUUCUGUGUGUUACUACUUUUUGGGUUGUAGAUAUUGGACAUAUUGUCCAGUUUUGCAUCAACAUUCUACAUAAAUGCGCAAAUGUUUUUCCCCAGUACCUUAUUGUAAAUAAGGCAAUAAACUGUUCAAAAUGGUGAUUUAACAGUACAGUCAUUACUGUCCAGUGCUGUUUCAAACUUUUUUUUUUUAAUGUUCAUGAUUUGUGUAAAAACUCAGGAACUGUUGUAAAAUGCCCACUGUUCAUGGUUGAUUUUGUUAUGAAUAAAAUACAUUUGA